GUUGUUGAACUAAGGGGACGAUAUAACCUGCAUCAAAUGGGGUCAUGCCCUGCAUUUACCAGAUUUAACAUGAGUACUGAUGUACGCCCAUGGAUUCACCGCUAUCGUUGCUUCUUGGAUUCCGAAUAGGUACCGUAUAUCUAGCAGUGGCGUCCUCAUGGCUUAUAGGCGAUGUACCCAUGCCGCAAGCCCGACCAAAAUAUCAAACUUUCACUCGUUGACCGCUAGGCAGGCGUCAGUUGAUGUAAUGCUAUCUUUAGUUUUCCACUGUUUCUACCGCAGAUUUUGGCGAGUUGCGCUCUCGUGGCUCUCUAGAUAUCACAUGUAUUGUGUUCGGAUUUUUGAUCGAAUGUCAAUUGUUACGAGAGUCUAGUCUGUCAGGUCGGUAAACGUAAGCGGCUGAUUCAAAUCCUCGCUUGUGACGGAAUUGUUUCAUCGGAGGUACGCUGUCCAGUAUAAACCAGUAUGUCACCAAAGUCGGAAAGGAAAGAAUCGGAAACAGAUGUAGAUGUAACACCCGCAGAAAGAUAUGUGAACCUGCUUUUAACUGAGGGAACUAAAGUUACCUGUGAUGAAACAAAUGAAAGCUUCAAUCGUCAGGGAAACUACCCAGCUUACUAUGAUGAAGCGCUAUUUAGGAGAGGUCAGCAGUUCUUCUAUUACCACAUAUCAGGGAUGUUUUUUAACAAGUUGUCUGGUCUAUUAGUUGUGAUGGGUGUCCCAUCGAUUUUGAAAAUCCUCAUGGCCACAAAUAUGUCCAGUUCAGAUAAGACAGCGUAUAGAAGGUAUAUGGCCACUAUUCUCCACAUGUUGCAGUGGUAUGACGAAGACUUCAAGCCAGGAACUGAGGCAUGGAAUUCUCUGCUCCAAGUGCGUCGGAUGCACAACGCAGCUAGUAAGAAGUGUGCCAAGAAGCUGAACCGGAUAACGCAAGCGGAAAUGGCUCUAACGCAGUUCGGUUUCUGUGGUUUCGCAUUAGUCAGAAGCAAAAAGGUUGGAAUCCACAGCGGCACUGAAGAAGACUGGGCUGCCUUUUUACAUUUCUGGAGAGUUAUCGGGUGGAUGUUGGGUAUUGAAGACAGGUUCAAUCUAUGGCAAGGGUCAGCUCAGAAAACUAGAGACGUUUGCAAUCUUCUGAUAAACCGCGUGUACAGACCAUCAGUUCAUCAGCUAGAUGCCAAUUUUGUGAAGAUGACUCGACAUUUAUUGAAAGGUAUCGGAAGCCCUGUUGUCCAGUAUGAGGCCAUGAUAUCGUAUCUGAUGUACCUUUUGCAAGACGAAGAUGAACCUGCUGAAGAAAUGAGGCCGUUCCGUUUGCAAAUCACUGUUUAUGAAAAGACGAAAUACUACUUUACUCAUUUUAUAUUACGUACUAUGAUGAGCUUCGAUUGGUUCAGGGCUACGCUGAAUUACGUUCUUUUAGUUACGAUUUGGUUUAUCAAAUACUUUCCGAUAAUUGCAUAUGUUCAAUAUGGGUUCGAGAAUGGUAGAGUUGUCUUGAACUUGAAACAUCCAAAUGACCAUUUAAAGAUGAAUGAAGGUGAUGUAUUGUUACUGAGUGGUAUGGACAAUGUAUGCUUCAGUUUUAUAUUCAAGGGGUGAAUAGAUUUUGAUACAGAAUAUUAGGCUGAUGAUUUUCUUUAUAAAUUUCUCACAUUAUUCUUACCUCCUAAGCUAUUGGGCGAGAAAAUAUUGUAAUCGCGAAAAAUUUCGAAAAUGAGAUGUUACGUGUUUCAGGUCUUAGCAUCCGUACCACGAAAAACUAUAUAACUCAUUUCAGUUUGUCUGUCUGCUAACCCUUUGCCCGUCUAUAACUUGGAGAUUGCCGCUCUGACUUUCAUGGAAUUUCCACACAAAGUUACUACUAUGCCAAAGCUUUGCAGCAUCAGCUCAGUGGCGGUGGCGCUAUAGG